UCUUUGGCAUCCUCAUGCACCCUCUCUCGCCUUCUCUUCUCUCAGAAUUCUUAUAGCUCAGGAUAGCGAUGAGGUUGGCUGUGCUCUGCGUGUGCGGGACCCUGCUGGCCUUCUCCACGCCCCCUGGGAACUAUGCAAACCUCAGCAAGGGAGACUUUAAUUGGGGUACAGAUUCUGGGAGCUGCUUGGUAACUCUAAAGCCUGCAGGGAAGUGUGGGGGAGAGGGGAUGGACGAGGACGCAUGCCCCUACCGAGUGACCUUGCCACCGCUGGACGUCAUGCUGCCCCGGCAGCUCAGGGAAUUGGAGAGGACGGCGAAGGAGGUGCAGAGGCUAAAGGAGACCGUGGAGCAGCUGAAGAGAGCCUGCAUGGAGUGCAGGAUAAGCCAGAUGGAGCGGGAGAGAGAGAGGCUGGGGGACAGAGAGAGGGAGAAAGAAGAGAAGGAGAAGGUGAGAUUGGGAGAGAGGGAGAAGGAGAAGGAGGGGAAGGAGUGGGAGAAGAAGACAGAGAGACAGGGAGACCGAGAAAGGAAGAUGGACAAGGAGGGAGAGGGGGCAAGAGGCAGGGAGACAACAAUUGUGGAAGAGAGAGAGGGAGUGGAGGAGAGGGCCAGGGAGAUUGAGAACAAUAUUGUUGAGAUAAGAAAGAGAGAACGGGAGAAAGAGUGGGAGAGAGAGUGGGAGAGGGAAAAUGAGAGAGAAAGAGGGGGAAACAGGGAAUGGGUGAUAGAAAGGGAGAGAAAAAUAGAGAAUGAGACCAAGAGAGAGGAAGAGGAGGGAAGGGAGACAGAGAUGGAGAAGGAGAACAUUUUAGAAGGGGAAAGGGGGAGAGGGGGAGAGAUAGAGAAAAACAGGGGGAGUGAAAAUGAAAGAGAGAGGUUAUGGGAAAUGAAGGUGGAAACCGAGGAGAGUCAGGGGAUAAGUUAAGGGAGAAGGAUCUGGAGCGCGAGAGUAGACAGAAAGAGGAGAGAGGGUGGGGAAAUAGGGAACAGAUCGAGGAGAAGGGACAACAUCAGGUGGAGAUAGAGAGUGAAAGGGAGGGGAAGAUAGAGAAAGAUAGUGAAAAAAAGAAAGAGAAGGAGAGGCAGAGCCAACAUCCUUGGCAAGGGAAGAAGACCCAGGGAGAGAAAGAAUGGCAAAAGAAGAAAGAGAGAGAGAAGCAAACCCCAAGCCACAGACAGACAGAAGAAAAGAAAGAGAAUCAGAGAGAGGAGACAGUAAAGAAGAUAGAGAAAGAGGUAGAAAAAAGAGUCCAAAAAGUGCAGAGACACAGCAUAGUGGUGACGACAGAUGGGUCAAGUGAUAAUCAGGACAUAGCCUCAACUAGCCCAAGCAGUGGUUUGACACAGGGCUCAAUCCCCAGACCUCACUCCUCAGGACCAGACCAAACAUCCACCUCCAUCUCAGGCCCUGCCACCAAUCCCAGCCCAGGAUCUAGAUCAGACACUGCCGGUGGAUAUAUUCCAAGUCCUUCCUCCAGCUCAACCUCUAGCCCAAGAUUUUCCUCCAUCUCCAGCACAAUGAAAUCAAUUCUGAACACAAGCUCAAGUCAAAGGACCAUCUCCUCUUUACCUCGCCAAGGAGCCACCAGGUCUGGCCCCAUCACAACCCCAAGUUCAGGCACCAACUACAGGACUGACAGAACCAUCCCAAGUAUCAAAACAAGCUCACACCAAACAACCAUCAGCUCAUCAGAAAGUAUUAUUAGCCCAAGAAACAGACCUUCCCAGAAGCACAAGCCCAACCAAACUAUCCAGGCCAUCAGACCUGGCCUUAAGCCCAUACCACCCAGCCUGACUAGCUCCUCCAGCCUCAGCUCACGGACCACCACCACCAGCUCCAGCACUGCACGGACAAUGACGGACAAAAUCCCAGGACCCAGCCCAACAAUUACCAGGUCAUGGUGGAACCCAAGGCCUAGCACAAAGCCAAAAUCUGGGACACAGCCCAGACCAGGCCUAAAGCCCAGACACAGCAUAAAGCCUAAAGAUAAACGAAAACCUAAACCAGGUGAAAAGCCAUUCUCAGGCCUAAGACCUAAACCUGGAGCAAAACCAAAGCAUGUCCUAAAGCCCAGGCGACCCAGCCCAACCAGCUCCUCCAGCUUCAAUCAUAAGACCGCUUCCAGAACUGUCUCAACUUCAACUACCACCACUAGCCUUAGCCCUGGAAUCAGCUUUACAAGACCCAGUCUACAGACCACUGAGACAAGUAGCAACCAAAGCAGCACCACACUGGGACACUCUUCAGCCAACACCACUAGUCCGAGCUCAAAGAUUACCAGCCCAAGCUUCAAGAUGACUAGUUCCAGGCCUGGGGCAAGUAGUAGCAAUAGCCCAGCUCCAGGAACUUCAACCACUGCUCAAUCUAGCCCUAGGGCCACCAGUCCAAGUGCCAAAAUUGGGUUCUUGUCGACCCCCAGACCCGGUCUAAAGCCAAAACCAGGUGCAAAGCCUUUUCCAGGCCCCAGAACCAAACCUGGACCAAAACCAAAGCCCAUACCAUCCAGCUCUGUCCCAGAGAUCACUCCCAGACCUGGCUCAACUCCAGAUAACAGCACAAGCCUCAGCCCAAAUACCACCAGUCCAGGAUCCUUUAUUACCAGCUCCAGCCAAAGGAUUAGUAAUACAAGCCAUAAUCUAGGGAGUCUUAACAGCACAACACCAAUACACUCUCCAGCAACCACCACAAGCCCAACGACUUCCAGUUCAUCCAUCCAGACUAGCUCUUCCAGCUCAAGUUCAACUCCAGCAAUUACAACCACCACUAGCAGCAGCCCAGGAACCAGCUUCACUGGCCUCAUCUCAAGGACCACCAGUACCAGCUCCAGCCCUAAGAUGACAUCUGCCCAAAACCCUGAACACAGCACAAUGACUACCAGACCUAGGAUUAAGCCCAGACCUGGUCUAAAGCCCAAACCAGGAGCAAAGCCCAUUCCAGGCACCAGACCCAAACCUGGACCAACAACAAAGCCUGUCCUAAAGCCCAGACGACCCAGCUCAUCAAGCUCUAGCCCUAAGACCUAUCCAAGACCUGGCUCAACUUCAACCACCACCACUUGCCUUAACCGUGGGAUCAGCUGUGCAAUACCCAGUCUACAGAACACUGAGACAAGUAUCAGCAAAAGCAGCACCACACUGGGACACUCUUCAGUAUCCACCACAAGCCUUAGCCCAAAGAUUUCCAGUUCAAGCAUCCCGACCAGCUCUUCCAGCUCAAAUUCAACUCCAGCAACUACAACCACCACAAGCCGCAGCCCAAGGACCAGCUUGACUAGCCUCAGCUCAAGGACCACCCGUGCCAGUCCCAGCCAUGAGACAACAUCUGUCCAAAACCCUGAACCCAACACAGUGACUACCAGACCUUGGAUUAAGCCCAGACCAGGCCUACAGCCCAGACCUGGACUAAAGCCUAAACCAGGCACAAAACCCAUUCCAGGCCAAAGACACAAACCUGGACAAAAACCAAAGCCCAGACCACCCAGCCCAACCAGCUCCUCCAGCUUCAACCCUAAGACCACUUCCAGAACUGGCUUAACUUCAACCACCACCACUAGCCUUAGUCCUGGAAUCAGCUUUACAAGAACCAUUCUACAGGCCACUAAGACAAGUAGCAACCAAAGCAGCACCACACUGGGACACUCUUCAGCCACCACAACUAGUCCGAGCUCAAAGAUUGCCAGCCCAAGCUACAAGACAACUAGUUCCAGCCCUGGGGCCAGCAGUACUAGUAGCCCAACUCCAGGAACUCCAACCCCUGCUAGAUCUAGCCCUAGGACCACCAGUCCAAGUGACAGAAUUGAGUUAUUGUGGACCCAUAGACCUGGCCUAAAGCCAAAACCAGGUGCAAAGCCUAUUCCAGACCCCAGAACAAAACCUGGACCCAAACCAAAGCCUGUCCCAAAGCCCACUCCAUCAAGCCCAACUGGCUUUUCCAGCUCUGUCCCAGAGAUCACUCCCAGACCUGGCUCAACUCCAGACAACAGCACAAGCCUCAGCCAAAAUACCACCAGUCCAGGAUCCUUUACUACCAGCUCCAGCCCAAGGAUUAGUAAUACAAGCCCUAGUCUAGGCAGUCUUAGAAGUACAAUGGCAAGGCACUCUCCAGCAACCACCACUAGCUCUCGCCCAAAUAUUUCCAGUUCAAGCAUCCCAACUAGCUCUUCCAGCUCAAGUUCAACUACUGCAACUACAACCACCACUAGCCGCAGCCCAGGAACCAGCUUCACUAGCCUCAGCUCAAGGACCUCCGGUACCAGCUCCAACCCUGAGACGAAAUCUGCUCAAAACCCUGAACCGAGCACAAUGACUACCAGACCUAGGAUUAAGUCCAGACCUGGCAUAAAGCCCAAAACAGGCACAAAGCCCAAACCAGUUACAAAACCCAUUCCAGGCCCCAGACUCAAACCUGGACCAAAACCAAAGCCUGUCCAAAAGCCCAGACCACCCAGCCUAACCAGCUCCUCCAGCUUCAACCCUAAGACCACUUCCAGAACUGGUUCAACUUCAACCACCACCACAAGCCUUAGCCCUGGAAUCAGCUUUACAAGACCCAGUCUACAGAUCACUAAGUCAAGUACCAACCAAAGCAGCACCACACUGGGACACUCUUCAGCCACCACCACUAGUCCAAGCUCAAAGAUUACCAGCCCAAGCUUCAAGACAACUAGUUCCAGCCAUGGGGUCAGCAGUACCAGUAGCCCAACUCCAGGAACUUCAACCACCGCGAGAUCUAGCCCAAGGACCACCAGUCCAAGCACAAAAAUUGGGUCCUUGUGGACCCAUAGACCUGGCCUAAAGCCAAAAUCAGGUGCAAAGCCUAUUCCAGGCCCCAGAACUAAACCUAGACCAAAACCAAAGCCUGUCCAAAAUCCCACACCAUCAAGGAAAACUGUCUCUUCCAGCUCUGACCAAGAAAUCACUUCCAGACCUGGUUCAACUCCAGACAACAGCACAAGCCUCAGCCCAAAUACCACCAGUCCAGGCUCCUGCACUACCAGCUACAGCCCAGGGAUUAAUAAUACAAGCCCCGGUCUUGGCAGUCUUAACAGCACAAUGGCAAGACACUCUUCAGCAACCACCACUAGCCCAACGACUUCCAGUUCAAGCAUCCCAACCACCUCUGCCAGCUCAAGUUCAACUCCAGCAAUUACAACUACCACUAGUCGCAGCCCAGGAACCAGCUUCCCUAGCUUCAGCUCAAGGACCACCAGUACCAGCUCCAGCCCUAAGAUGACAUCUGCUCAAAACCCUGAACCCAGCACAAUGACUACUAGACCUAGGAUUAAGCCCAGACCUGGCAUAAAGCCCAAAACAGGAGUAAAACCCAUUCCAGGCCCCAGACCCAAACCUGGACCAACACCAAAGGCUGUCCUAAAGCCCAGACCACCCAGCCUAACCAGCUCAACAAGCUCAAACCCAAUGACCUAUCCAAGAACUGGCUCAACUUCAACCAGCCUUAGCCCUGGGAUCAGCUGUACAACACGCAGUCUACAGACCACUAAGAAAAGCACCAGCAAAAGCAACACCACGCCGGGACACUCUCCAGUAACCACUACUAGCCCUAGGCCAAAGACUUCCAGUUCAAGCGUCCCAACCAGCUCUUCCAGCUCAAGUUCAACUCCAGCAACUACAACCACCCCUAGCCACAGCCCAAGGACAAGAUUCACUAGCCUCAGUUCAAGGACCACCAGUACCAGCCCUGAGACGACAUCUGCCCAAAACCCUGAACCCAACACAAUGACUACCACGCAUAGGAUUAAGCCCAGACCUGGCCUACACCCCAAACCUGGCCAAAAGCCAAAACCAGGCACAAAACCUAUUCCAGGCCUCAGACCAAAACUUGUACCAAAAUCAAAGCCUGUCCUAAAGCCCAGAACACCCAGUCCAACAAGCUCCUCCAGCUCUAGCCCAAAGACAUAUCACAGAACUGGCUCAACUUCAACAACCACUACAUGGCUUAGCCCUGGGAUCAGCUUUACAAGACCCAAUCUAGAGACAACUAAGAAAGGUACCAUCCGAAGCAACUCCACACCGGGACACUUUUCAGCCAGCACCAAUAGUCCUAUCUUAAAGAUGACUAGCACAAGCUACAAGACUGCUAGUUCCAGCCCUGGGGACAGCAUUAGCAGUAGUUCAACUACAGGAACUACAACCACCACUAGACCUAGCACAAGGACCACCAGUCCAAGCUCCAGAAUUGGGUUCCGGUGGACCCCCAGACCCAGUCUAAAGGCAAAACCAGGUGCAAGGCCUAAUCCAGGCCCCAGACCCAAACCUGGACCAAAAUCAAAGCCUGUCCUAAAGCCCACACCAUCAGGCUCAACUGGCUCUUCCCUAGCCGUCCCAGAGACAACUUCCAGAACUGGCUCAACUCUAGACACCAGCACAAACCUCACCACAAAUAUCACCAGUCCAGGCUCCUUUACUACCAAUUCCAGCCCAGGGAUUAGUAAUCCAAGCACCAGUCAAGGCAGUUUUAACAGCACAAGGCCAAGACAAACUCCAGCAACAACAACCACCAGUAACCGCAGCUCAAGGACCAGCUUCACUAGCCUCAGCUCAAGGACCACCAGUACCAGCUCCAGCCCUGAGACAACAUCUGCCCAAAACCCUGAACCCAGCACAAUGACUACUAAACCUAGGAUUAAGCCCAGACCUGGCCUAAAGCCAAAACCAGGUACAAAACCCAGCCAAAGUAGCACCACACUGGGACACUCUUCAGCCACCACCACUAAUCCUAGUUCAACGAUUACCGGCCCAAGCUAUAGGGUGACUAGUUCCAGCCCUUGGGCCAGCAGUAGCAGUGACCCAACUUUAAGAAAUUCAACCACCGCUAGAUCUAGCCCAAGGACCACCAGUUCAAGUGCCAGAAUUGGGUCCUUAUGGACCCCCUCACCCAGCGUAAAGCUAAAACCAGGUGCAAAGCCUAUUCCAGGCCACAGACAAAAACCUGGGCCGAAAUCAAAGCCUGUCCUAAAUCCCACACCAUCAAGUUCAACUCCAGCAACUACAAUUACCACUAGCCGCAGCUUCAGUAGCCUUAGCUCAAGGACCACCAGUACCAGCUCCAGCCCUGAGAUUACAUCCGCCCAAAACCUUGAACACAUCACAAUGACUACCAGACCUAGGAUUAAGCCCAGACCUGGCCUAAAGCCCAAAGCAGGUGCGAAACCCAUUCCAGGCCCUAGACCCAGACCUGGACCAAAACCAAAGCCUGUCUUGAAGCCCAGGCCACUCAAACCAACCAGGUCAUCUAGCUCAAGCCCAAAUACCUAUCCAAGAAGUGUCUCAACUUCAACCAUCACCACAAGCUUUAGCCCUGGGAUCAUCUUUACAAGACCCAGUCAACAGACCACUAAGAAAAGUACCAGCAAAAGCAGCACCACACCGGGGCACUCUCCAGUAACCACCACUAGCGUUAUCCCAAAGACUUCCAGUUCAAGCAUCCCGACCAGCUCUUCCAGCUCAAGUUCAACUCAGGAAGCAACAACCACCACUAGCCACAGCCCAAGGACCAGCUUCACUAGCCUCAGCUCAAAGACCACCAGUACCAGCUCCAGCCCUGAGACAAUGUCUGUCCAAAUCCCUGAAACAAACACGACAACUGCCAGACUUAGGAUCAAGCCCAGACCUGGCCUACAGUCUCGACUUAACCUACAGCCCAAACCUGGCCUGAAAUCUAAACCUGAACUAAAGAACAAACCAGGUGCAAAGCCUAUUCCAGGCCUAAGGCCUAAACUUGGACCACAAUCAAAGCCCAUCCUAAAGCCCAGACCACCCAGCCCAACCAGCCUCAACCCUAAGACCAGUAACAUAACUCCCACCACUAGCCUCAGCCCUGGAAUCACAAGCCACAGUUGGCAGACCACGCGGACAAGUACCAGCCAAAGUAGCACCACACCAGGCCCCUCUCCAGGCACUACCACAAAGAUUACUAACCCAAGCUACAAGACCACUAGUUCCAGCCCUGCGGUCAGCAUCAGCAGUAGCAGUAGUGGUAGCCCCACUCCAGGAACUACAACCACUGCUAGACCUAGCUCAAGGACCACCCAUCCAAGCUCCAGAACUAGGUUCUGGUUGACUCCCAGACCAGGUUUACAGCCUAAACCAGGCUUAAGUCCUAUUCCAGGACCCAUACCCAAACCUGGACCAAAGCUCACACCUGACUUAAAGCCCAGACCACCCAAUCCAACCAGCUCCCCCAGCUCCAUCUCAAAGACCCCUCCCAGACCUGGCUCAACUCCAGACAUCCCCACUAGCCUCAGCCCAAAGACCACAAGUCCUACCAGCUCCAGCCUUGAGAUUAGCUUUACAAACCCCAGUUCGGGCAGUCUCAGCAGAACCACACCAAGUCACUCUCCAGCAACCACAACCACCACUAGCUCUAGCCCAAAGAUCACCAGUUCUAGCAUCCGGGCAGGCUCAGGAAGAUUCACACUAAGCCCAACUCCAGCAACCAAAACCACCACUAGCGCCAGCUCAAGCACCAGCUUCACUAGCCUCAGCUCAAGGACCACCAAUACCAGCAUCAGUCCUGAGUCAAAGUCUGCCCAACAUCCUGAACCCAGCUCAACAACCCCCAGAUUUAGCAUUAAGCCCAAACCUAGCCUAAAACCCAAACCAGACCAAAAGCACAAACCAGGCCGAAGGCCUAUUCCAAGUUCAAAGCCUAAACCUGGAUCAAAGCUUAAAUCAGUCUUAAAGCCCAGAACACCCAGCCCGACUAGCUUCUCCAGUUCAGGACCAAAGACCACACUCAAACCCGGCUCAACUUCAACCACCACCACUAGCCUUAGCCCUGGGGCCAGAACCAGCAGUAGUCCCACUCCAGCAACUACAACCACCACCAAUCCAAUUAUCAAGGCCAGCUCCUCCACCACUAUCCCCAGCCAAUCAACCAGCUUUACUAGACUCAGCUCACUGAGCAUCAGCGCCAGCUCCGGCCAUGUGACAAAGUCUGACCAAAAUGCUAGACCCAGCCCAACAAUCACCAGGUCCCAGUGGAUCCCCACACUUAGCACAAAGCCAGAAUCUGGGCCACAACCCAGGCCAGGCCUACAGUCCAGACCCAGCCUAAAGCCCAAAGAUGACCUAAGGCCUGAAACUGAACCAAAUCCCAAACCAGGCCCAAGGCCUAUUCCAGGCCUAAGACCCAAACCAAGACCAAAACCAAAGUCUGUCCUAAAGCCCAGACCACCCAAUCCUACUAGUUCUUCCAGCCCAAAAAUCACACCCAGGCCUGACCGAUCUCUUACCACUAUCCAUAGCCCAAGCUCCAAUACUACCAGUUCAAGGUUCAGGACUACCAGCUUCAGCCCUGGGAUCAGCAUUACUAGCCCCACUCUACGGGACACCAGGACCAGUACUAGUCUAAGCAGCACUACACAGAUCCACUCUAUAGCCACCACCAGUAGCCCUGGCCCAACGACCACCAGUCCAAGCAUCCGGAAUGGAUCUUCCAGCUCAAGCCGAAGUAGUACAACACUGAGCUCAUUUUCAGCAACCAGAAUCACCACUAAUCCUGACCCAAAGGUCACUAGUCCAGGAUUCAGGAUGAACUACAGAACCUUCAGGCUCAGCAUCGGGACCAGCACCAGCGGUAGCCCAACUCCAGAACCCACAACCACCACUAACACUAGCUCAAGGAUCACCAGUUCAAGAAUUUGGACCAACUCUUCCAGCUCAAGCAGCAAAACUCCAGCAACCACAACUCCAGCAACCACAACCUCCAUAAGUUCCAGUUCAAGGACCACCAGUAUCAGCAUCAGUCCUGAGACAAAGUCUGCCCAAAAGCUAGAACCCAGCAGACCAACUACCAGACCUGGCCUAAAGCUUAAACCUGAACGUAAGCCUAAACCUGGCACAAAGCCCAAACCAGACCCAAUACCUAUUCCAGACCGAACACCUAAACCUGGACCAAGACCAAAGCCUGUGCUGAAGCCCAGACCUGCUCCAAAGCCUUGGCCCAAAACCACCACCCAAGGUCCAAGGACCACUUCCUCCACACCUAGCCCCAAGACAUCCAAUAGCCAAAGGACUAUACCUGACCCCAGCCCACAAACGGCCACAAGCCCUGGCUCAAAAACUACAAGACCUAACCAACAAACUACCCUCAGCUCUAGCGCAAAAAUCAUCUCUAGAACUAGCCUGAAAACAUCCACUAGCCCUGUCACAAUGACAACUACUAUCGCCAGUCUAAAAAAUACCAGCUCAAGGCAACAAUUUAGCACAAGGCCUAGCCCCAAAACUAGCACUACUAGUCCCAUUCCAUUGGCCAACUCUAACCAUAGCCCUACUACCACCAGCCCUGACACCCCUACCCCUACCCCCAACUCCCUACCCCCAGUCCCAUACCGGAGUCUUCCACCCCCAGUGUGAGA